AGUGAGAGCAAGGACAUAAACGCACACACAAAGAAAGAUGAAAAUAGCCAGAGAGAAACACUGAGGCUACUUUGCUUUGUUGUAAUACAUUUCGAGAGCAGAUGCAAAAGUCUUGACCUUAGUCUCUUGAGUGAGAAACAGGAUGCCAAUAUAUCAACCUUGGUACCAUGGCAAUAUAACUCGAUCCAAAGCUGAGGAUCUCCUCUCCAAAGCAGCGAGGGAUGGAAGCUUCCUUCUCCGUGGCAGUGAGUCAAUACAAGGCGCGUAUGCCCUGUGUGUUUUAUUCCAGAACUGUGUGUACACAUACAGAAUCCUGCCAAAUGAGGAAAAGAAGCUUUCAGUCCAGGCAUCUGAGGGUGUACCAAUCAGGUUCUUCUCUGUGUUGUCUGACCUGGUGGAGGCAUACUACAGCCCCAAUAUGGGUCUUGUCACACACCUGCAGUUCCCGGUCCAGAAGGAGGAGGAGGUAGACGAGGAGCCAGAGCCUAAUAACCAUCCACCACAACUGCCACCCAGGAACUUUGCGCCCAAUGAAGUGAAAGAUGGUGACUCGAAGAGCUCUGAACAGGUCGGCAUGUCCUUAUCAGACAUCUUUCUGCAGAGACUGCAGCAUGUGGACAUGUCAGGAGUACCAGAGGAACAUCAAAAAGCCAUGCAAGAAUACUUCAGGACCUCUAUAGGCUUGGAUGCUGAACACGUACAGAACGGUAAUCCCAACCUGCCCUGUUUCAAGAAGCUCACCUUGACAAUCUGCAAAAGUCUGAACAGUGAAAUUUCACGCACGCUGCCAACUCUGGAAGCCUUUCAGAGGCUGUUGGACCAACAGCUCUCCCCAGGGAUUGGACGUCUGAGGAGUCACAUUUCUGCCGAUUCAGGCCAAUCUGUAUCCUUUAGGCUUGAACAACUAACGAAGCUGCUCUACUCAAUAGAAGAGAAGGCUAAAGCCACUGUGUUUGAGUCUGUUGGAUAUGAUGGAGGCCACAGAAGAUCUCUGAUACCACCGGUUACUUUUGAGGUCAAGUCAGAAUCUCUUGGGAUUUCCACAAAGAUGUUCCUCAAAGUGGAUGUCGAAAGUGGGAAAGUUUACUUCAAGAAGUCUAAAGACGGGCCUGAAGACAAAUUCUUUGUGCACAAUAAAAUCCUGCAGUUGGUGAAAUCCCAGAAAAUGCAUCCCAAACUUGUCAUCGUGCUGGAGACAGAGAAAGAGAAGAUUGUGCGUAAAGAAUUCGUCUUUGAUGACACAAAGAAAAGGGAGGGAUUUUGCCAGCUUCUGCAACAAAUGAAGAACAAACACUCUGACAAGCCUGAGCCAGACAUGAUCACAGUCUUUGUUGGCACUUGGAACAUGGGGAACGCAAGUCCUCCCAGCAACAUCAAGUCUUGGUUUCAGUGUAAGGGCCAAGGGAAGACUCGUGAUGACACGGCUGACCACAUCCCGCAUGACAUUUAUGUGAUUGGGACUCAAGAGGAUCCACUGGGAGAGAAGGACUGGACAGACACACUGAAAAACGUCUUGAGGGACAUCACAAAUAUCAGCUUUAAACCAGUGGCAAGCCACACUCUGUGGAACAUCCGGAUUGUGGUGCUCGCAAAGCCCGAGCAUGAAAACAGAAUCUCCCACAUUUUCUUGGACAGUGUAAAGACAGGGAUCGCCAACACACUGGGGAACAAGGGAGCAGUGGGAGUGUCCUUCAUGUUCAACGGUACAUCCUUUGGUUUUGUCAACAGUCACCUGACCUCAGGAAGUGAAAAAAAGCUCAGGCGCAAUCAGAACUACAUCAACAUCCUGCGAUUCCUGAAUCUGGGAGACAAAAAACUGAAUCCCUUUGACAUCACACAUCGAUUCACCCACCUCUUCUGGCUUGGUGAUCUGAACUAUCGGAUUGAUUUUCCAUCGACAGAAGCAGAGCACAUUGUGACAAAGAUCAAACAGCAGCAGUACCGGGAACUCCUCUGCAAAGACCAGCUCAACAUGGAAAGGGAUGAGGGAAGGGUCUUCUUGCAUUUUGAUGAAGAGGAUAUCACUUUCGCACCCACAUAUCGUUUUGAACGAGACACGCGAGAGAAGUACGCCUACACAAAGGCCAAAGCCACAGGGACAAAGUACAAUCUGCCCUCAUGGUGUGAUCGUGUCCUGCGGAAGUCAUACCCUCUGGUUCAUGUUGUCUGCCAGUCAUAUGGGUGCACUAACGACAUCAUGACCAGUGACCACUCACCAGUUUUUGCAACAUUUGAAGUCGGAGUGGCCUCACAGUUUGUCUCAAAGCAGGAUCCAAAUAGUGCGUCUCAAGGUGGGAUACAGUUCAUCAACUGUGUUGCCACCUUACAGACAAAAUCGAAGACCAAGUUCUUCAUUGAAUUCCAUUCCAGCUGCUUGGAGAAAACUGUGAAGACUACAGAAGGAGAGAACACAGAGCACACUGAUGGGUCAAUAAAAGUCCGGUUUGACUCCAAAGUUGAGCUCAUCCCCAUCAUCUCUGACCCAGAGUACCUUUUGGACCAGCACAUCCUCAUCUGUGUGAAGUCAACAGACUGUGACGAGUCUUAUGGUGAGAGCUGUGUUGCACUGCGAGCUGCUGAGACCUGCUACACAGAGUUUCAAGUCAAACUGACUCACCAUGGGGAGAGCACAGGCACCUUGACAGGGGGCAUCCAGCUACGCACCUCCGAGGGCAAGCAGACAGAAAAGUUAUAUGAUUUCAUCAAAGUUGAAAAGGAUGAUCCUGCGACCUCAAAAUGCAAAGGAGGCGACAACCUCAACCAAUCCGGCCUUACCCAAGCAACUGAUAUCACUAACCCCAGUUACAUGGACGUGUUCUUCAAAGAUGGGAUAAUAGAUAAGGGCUGGAGUUACAGCAUGCCACCAAAAGCAGGGGCUGGAAAGCCGAGUAAGGACUUGCACCUGGGCAACCUCUCAUCCAGAAAGACUACCCACGAUGCAGCCACACACAGUCCCACAGGAAAACCAUCUAGUUUUGUAGAGGAGAUUAAAACGCCAUCAGAGAUGUUUGACAAUCCACUGUAUGGCGCCAUGGGGAAGCCACAUGCUCGGGGCAAGGAACAAGAGCCUCAGCAGAAGGACCAUCUAACACCUCCAGAUCCCACCUUUGCAUUCUCCAAACCGGCAGAUGUAGAUCCUGAUCGUCCCCCAGUGCCAACCCCUCGCAACCGAUCUUUCACCUGCUCGGAAACCAAACCUCAGCCUUCAGGUCCCACCACCCUGCACCCUACAACUUUCAAGAAACCAGUGGUGCCCUCCCGGUCUGAAGGGGGGAUGGCCAACAACCGGCCUCCUUUGCCAAUAAAGUCCCGGCCAGGCGUGCCAGAGCCACAGCCGUGUAAAGCCAGAGACUACAGAGACACGUCCGAGCUCCCCAGCAAACAUCGACAGCCAGCGAGGUCUGGCCAGCCACAGCCCAAAGAGAUGCAUCCUGAGACUCAAGCAUCAAAGAUGGGGCGUUCUGUGAAGUGAGAUGAUGCUCUGGCGUUGAGCACCAGCUGAGCAGCUUCUCUCCCUGCACUCUGAGAAAUCUAAAAUACACUGAAUAAAGGCUUCAAAUCUAGGCCAGUGUGGCCAGUUGACCCCCCCUCACUCUCCCCUACACACACACCCUGCCUUUACAUGCAUGUUAAAGAUACAAGAUCAAACUGCAUCUCCAUUCAGCAUUCACCAAAAAACACAUACUGCAUAUAUUUCUGUUAUGUUUCUUGAUUACCGACAAGUAUUUUCUUGCACAGAAAUGUGAAUGUUUGCUUUAAUGGUGUACAUUAAUCGCUCGAAUAAAUUAAAAAGCCGUUGCUUCCUUA